GCCGCCGCGGCGGCGGCGGGCGGGGCGGCCAGGGCGCCCGGGGAGCAGGGGCGGCUUCCCUGCGAGGAGGGGCCCGCCUGCGCGGCGGCCGAGGGCGGGCCCGCGUCGCUGCUGUCGGCCGAGGAGCAGGUGGCGGUGAUCGCCGAGCAGGUCGCGCGCGAGCGCGAGCAGGUCGCGCGGCUUGGCGAGGAGGCCCGGCUGGCCCGCGCGGAGGCCGAGCGGCUGCGCGAGGAGGCCCGGCUAAUCGCCGCCGCCGCCGCCGAGGCGGGCGGCCUCGGCGCAGAGGCUUCCGCCGGGGCGGCCGCUGCGCCAGGCG